AUGAAGAGGCCCUACAAGGCCGAGCCUUCAAGAAUUCUUAGGUCAUCCCACCGAAUCAAUAACAGAAAGGCUUUCAGGUCUUUGAAAGUCUCACGGCAACGCGCUUUGAAACCAUCUGAUACACUUACCCCAUCAAUCUCUAAUAUCACCGAUUCCACUCUGUCAGGGCCUCAGACUAUUCAUGUACCUUCGUUGCCUAAAGAAGUUGUCAGUACCCUUAGUUUUCUGGUAUCUCAGAUUUCCUUAUCUCAUGGCGAAGCCAAGAUUCCAUCUUCAACAACAUCUGAACUGGAGUGUACCGAUACUGAUAUUGUCCUAAGUAAUACGCAGGAGUCUACACUUGUCAGCAUUCUUUUUGAGAAAGUUGAGAGGAUCACUAUAAGCAGCUUUCGAGCCUCGUAUCCUAUUGCUCUAUUCUUAAAGGUCAGAAAUCCUGUUCAGUGCAGGUUGCAGGGUCAUUCUUAUAACCUCACUAAGCUUGGUAUACAUAUACGGCCCUGUAGAAGGGAGAAGUACGACGCCUUUGUUUUAAUGUUAAAGAAGGCUGUCCCUUCACUGAAAAUACAUACACCACCGAGGAUAAAAGUCAUACCAGGACCGACGUCUCCCCUGAACUUCUAUGGUCAGUCUAAGGAGGUCGCUAGUCUUAAGCCAGCAACUCAUUCUAAAGACCAGAGUGUUAGUGAUAAGAAUUUCUGCAUUCCCGUUAAGGUUGACAUGCCAGUAAAGGAACGCUCUCACAGAAACAUUAAUUAUCAUACGUUUAAGGAUGUGGAUUCUCACGUGAAUGGUGAAGACGGCGAUGAUGACAGCUUUUUCGACAGCAUAAUUUCAUUACACAGUGAUAUUACCAUGGAGGAUGUUCCUCUGAGUGAGCAGAUAGUUUUCAGGCCCAACUUGAAGUACACAAUUGACUCCAAAAAGACAAUGGUGAUUACAAACAAUGAUUUCAAGUGUCUAUACAACGGAAAUUGGGUCAACGACUCUAUCGUGGAUUUCUUUCUCAACUACAACUUUAAUCAGGCUAAAAGGGCUGGCUCUUUAGACAGGUUCAAGAUUGAAAUCUUCAACUCGUUUUUUUUUUCUCAGCUGACUAGAGAUUCAACACCUCCUGAAGACUGCUACAAGAACGUCAGGAGCUGGUUCAAAAAUAAUGAUACUCUAUUCGACGACGAUUACAUAAUUAUUCCAAUCAUGGCUGAUCUUCAUUGGUUUUCGGUGAUCAUCGUAAAUCUUCCCAAGAUCAAAAGGAUGCAUCUUAUGCAGAGAUCUGGGGUCACCAAGUACGAUCAUGAACAUGAUUCAGAACAUGACCGAGAUCAUCAAUUCACAUUCAAAUCCAAGUCCAAGUCCAAGUCCAAGUCCAAGUCCAGCAUACCCAAAGAAAAUGGGUUACUUCCUGACAGUGAAGAUUCCCCAAAAUGUGGGUAUAUCUUUGUGUUGGAUUCGCUUCGGAAAGCACAUCCCAACAUUGGGCUUUACCUAAAGAAUUUUCUCGUUGGGUAUGCUAAGGACAAAUAUGGGUUUGAAUUGGAGGCCAGUGAAAUCAAGAAGAGAAGAAGUGCUAUACCACAACAGAAGAAUUUCAAUGAUUGCGGGCUGCAUGUCAUUUACAACUUGAACAUUUUUUUUAAAGACCCUGAAAAGUUCAGGAUCAAAGUGUUAUGGAAGACUUUUCGGCCAAACUUGGAAAUGUUUGAUCCACAAGAAAGGAAGAAUAUGAGAAUGGCGUUGAGAAAUGAACUUCUCGAGCUAUUAAAGAAGCAGGUAAAAUCGGAGGGUAGAGAUAUCAGUAUGAUUGGUAAAGAGACCAACAGAAUGAUUGAAGAGGAGAAAAUUGAAAUCAAACAAGCUGAAAAGGAAAAUGUUAAUAAGAAUAAUAAUGAAACUGAUGAUGAUCUAAUGAUCAUAGAGGUUACACCGCCACCAAAAGAAAAGGUUGAAACAAGUUCAAAGCAAUCAUCACCUUUGGUUCCGGCGUCACUAAGUUUUCCUGUGAAGCUGAAAUACACUAACACUCUGGUUCCCUUAUCACCCAAGCGUUACAAAUCUCCGGUAGUUCCUGAGAAGAAGCAAGAUGAAAUUAAAGAGGUACAGCUUUUGAAGGCUUCAGGAGAAGUCCCGUCAUAUAAGACCUUAUUUGAGGAAAAGAGGAAUGGAAAUGCGACAAAUAAGAUAAAGGAAAUGACUCCGGAACCAAAGUCAGAAAAGGUCAGCGACAAUUCUAAUAAUCCCUCUUCUUUCAAAUUAGUGAAGCCUGUGAAGCUUGCCAAAGAGAAAGAAUCGCCGGUUCCACACCCAAGCAAUGUCGAGAGAUCUUUAGUCUUUGAAGAUAAAUUUAAAGAGGGUGCCUCCAUUUUGAGGUUUUCUUCAACUUCUUCUCAGGCAGAUGACGUAAAAGUUUGGAAAGAAAUCAGUAUCAUUCCCGAUGAUGACGGCAAAGAGAAAAGUGAAGCGAAUCAUACUGAGUCCCAGCCAGAAUCCAAAGGAUUCGCACCAACGUUCAAGGGAAGAGCACUUCGUAAUCAAGGAAGGGUUAAUUAUUAUGAAGCGGAAUUGGAGAAAGAAGGCAAAAAUGCUUCAUAUACGAUUAAACACAGGAUAAAAGCAAAGAUAAAACGAUCAGAAGAAAGAAUGAAUGAAAAUAAAGGGAGUGUUUCUCGGAGUUUGUCCCCUACUCUAGAUCACGAUAAGAAGGAGAAAGGAACCAAAACUGAAUAUAUCAAAAAGUCUAUGGGCAGAGGGGGAAGCAAAAGUAUAAGAAAAGGAAAGGGUAGUGAAGAAGUAUCAGAUUACUAUACUUGCACUGCAGUUACUCCUGUUAAACUCACCUCUGACACACCGAAGUCUAAGGAAUUUCCGGAGUCUCCUUCAAAAAGAGGAAAGGGACAAGAUUUUACUGCAAAACCAGUGUAUGUCUCGAAUAAGCAGCCAUUUGAAUGGUUGCAGACUGGCUCAAAAGCUGAUGAGGCACAGCAGCUUGGAACUGCUUCUGCUUCGCCUAAAGGACAAUUUGGUGUCCUAGGUUCCUUCUCCAAUAAAAAAGGAGGAGCGAGCAGUGGCCAUGGUCGUGGUCGCGGUCGCGGUCGUGGUCGUGGUCGUGGUCGUGGCAGUAGUAACGAGCGUGGUCACCGGGGCAGGUCCAAGAAGCGAAAGGUCCUAGAAGAAUUGGUGGUAGAAGUGGAGUCCCCAAGCUACGAAACAUUUUGA